AUGGAGGGUAUAGUGACAGGUGACAGACUUGCAUGUGUUGCAUUGCAUGGGUCAUCUCUGCUGCACGAGGCAUCAGUCAGCAAAUACACUGACAUCCCUGGAAUCCUUUUGCAAUAUAUUGAUGAGUUUCCCUUGACCGAUAUCGCUGCACAUGCUCCUAGAGAAGCCUGGCAGUCACUCUGUGAACAAGCCAUCUGCAUCGUUCACCAUAUCAGCGAUCGAGGUAUUCUCAAUGAGGAUGUUAAAACUAGAAGCUUGACCAUCCAAAUCAAUUCCGAGGGAAUGUUCAAGAUGUUUAUGCUUGAUUUUGCGCUGUGCGAUUUCCAUAGGGACUAUAAAAGUGAGGAAGAGUGGUGGGGAUGGAAAGCGACACAAGAUGAAGAGGGGGGAGUGGAUUUGUAA